AUGGAACAGCUGACGGAGUUCGUGUCCAAGUCCUUCAAUCCUGACCGGCCAAUGUCCACAGCGGUCAGUGGUUUCCCCCACCUGUUGGCCAGCAAGCCAGGAGGGCCUCGUUCCUUGCACAGCGUGGUAGACAGGUUGUCCGCUCCUCACAUGUUUCCUGCAGGGCUUGCCCUGGCCCAUUCGCACAGCAUGGGGCUGAGCCUGGCAGGGGCUCCGCUGCUGCUCGCGCCACCUCCCCGGCCCACAAGCGGAGGUACAUCCUCACCAUCGAGCGUAUUAACUGAUAAAGAGGACAGGACGCGAGAUGAUAAUGACAGCAACGACAGGCAUGCCGCAUCAUCGCCUAUUGCUUCCGUAUCCACCACCACAGAACCAGAAUCUCCCCCAGAGGUGAAAACUGAAAACCACCACCACCAUCACAAUCACCACCCGGACACCGGACCGACAUCCGAUCAUACGUCGAUCACUACCAAUGGCAAUAGCAACGAUGAAUCCUCUAGACAAGACGAUGAGGACACCAAGAAGCGUGACAGCCCUUCGUCUAACCCUGGUGGUCCACCCUCUCUGGACCAUCCCGGUGGUCACAAAGUCAAGCAGAGGCGAUCCAGGACAAAUUUCACACUGGAGCAACUGAACGAAUUAGAGAGGCUCUUCGAUGAAACCCAUUAUCCGGAUGCUUUUAUGAGGGAAGAACUCUCACAAAGGUUGGGAUUGUCUGAAGCCAGGGUUCAGGUGUGGUUUCAAAAUCGAAGAGCAAAAUGUCGGAAGCAUGAAAGUCAGAUGCAAAAAAAUCUCAUGAUGGCAACCAGCACGCCUAUUGAGUCUUCUAGAAUAGCACCAUACAUCAAUGUUUCCAGUGCCAUGGCUCGAUUACCACAGGAACGCUAUCUUGUACCAGGUGCCCAUUACCUACCUUACGCCGAUCCGGCAUUCCUCGCAGCUGCACAACACUAUGCAGCUGCUGCUGCAGCGGCAGCAGUUGCCAACACGACAACGGGAAGCGGUGCUACGACAGGUCCCGCAUCUAGUGCUCCUACACCUCAUCAUAGUUUCUUGUUCUAUCCUACACCAACACAUCCCUUCAGCUUAUCAGCCUUGAUGGCAGCCGAGAGGUUGAACAAUAAGAAUUCUAGCAUUGCGGAUCUGAGGUUGAAAGCUCAGAAACAUGCAGCUGCUCUCGGAUUGUAAAGAAACUCAAAUAACCAUUUGAUAGAGUAAAGUUACCAAAGAUGUCUGUAGAUAUAACCGAGGAUUCUGAUGGUUAAGCAUAGACCUAAAAGACACCUCGAAGACUAUAUGUUUUAACUAUUCUUGAGUCUAAAUGAUGUUUUGUUAAAAACAGGACUGGCUGAUAAUGGAAAUAAUAUGGAAAAGGACCGAAUUUGAAAAGUUUCCAUCAAACACGAAUAAUGACAUUCAAAACAGGAAGUGGGACUGUCCAGACUACUAAGAAGUUCAUUUUGAAUCCCUAUGUGAAUAGAGGGCAGUUCAGAUUGUUGCCUUGAUAAUGGUCUUCUUCGGAAUCAAAUGCAUUAUAUGUAUGUGAGACAAUUUCACGGCCACUGAGAAAUAAUCAAAGGGAAAAUAAUUAGCUUCGUAGGAAGUGUGGUGUUUCUUUACAGACAGGAAUUGUAACUUGUCCCUAAUAUAAUAUAGCAGCUGCAAGCAAAACAGGUGGCUACAAACUAGCUAAUGCUCGCAUUUACAAGGGAAAAAGCUCUUGCUUUAUGAAAAGUAAGC